AUGGCUUCGCUCGAGGAAACGUUUCAAGACGCCUGCCAGGCUCGCCAGCUCCCAAAUGCCGUGCUGAUCUCCGCCAACAAGACCGGCAACUUCAAAUAUGAGCAGGCUUUUGGAAAGCGAUCCCUGCUCCAGGACGGCGACCAAAGCCCCGUGGACCCUGACUCCGUCAUGUGGAUCGCCUCGUGUACCAAGGCAAUGACCAGCGUUGCUGCCAUGCAGUGCGUUGAGCGUGGCCAGCUCUCGCUCGAUGCCCCCGUCUACGACCUUCUCCCCGAGCUUCGUGAUCUGGAAAUCAUCGAAAGCGUCGACGACGAUGGUAACAUCAAGACGAAGAAGAACCCGACGCCCAUUACCCUGAAACACCUCCUCACCCACUCGUCCGGCAUCGGCUACGACGAGAUGAAUCCACUCCUCAUGGCCUGGCGCAAGGCCACCGGUACCAAACCCGGCGGCGCCACCCUCACCGAGCGCUUCACCUACCCGCUGCUCUUCGAGCCCGGCACCGCAUGGAUGUACGGCGCAAGCGUCGACUGGGCCGGCCGCCUGGUCGAGCGCGUGACCAAGACCAACCUGGAAGCCUACAUGAAGCAGCACCUGUGGGCCCCACUCGGAAUCACCGACUUCACCUUCCACCUGCGCUCGCGCCCAGACCUGGCCGCGCGCAUGACGGACCUCAGCGGCCGGCCGAAGCCCGGCGCAGAAUGCGUGCACAUGCGCUCGCCCUUCCUCUUCCCGGACGUCGUCGACGACCUCGGCGGCCAGGGCGUCUUCGGCACCCCGCGCGAGCUGUUCAAGUUUGUGCACGCCCUGCUGCUGGCCGCCAACGACGGCGACGAACGCCUGCUCAAGCGCGACACGCUCGAGCAGCUCUUUACCCCGCAGCUGACGCCCUCGUCACGCGCCGCCCUGGCCGCCAUCAUGAAGGCGCCCGAAGGCGAGCGCAUCCUGCCUGCCGCCAGCUUCGCGCCCGAGACGGGCAUCGACUGGGGCCUCGCGGGCCUGCUCAUCACCACCGAUGUCCCCGGCUGGACCCACGCCGGCACGUUGCUGUGGUCCGGCUUGCCCAACUUGAACUGGUGGGUCGAUCCGAAGGCGGAUUUGGCCGUCGUGUAUGCGAGCCAGCUGAUCCCGCCCGCGGACCCCAAGGCAAUCGAGAUGGGCGAGUUGUUUGCGAGGGAGAUGUAUAAGAGGUAUGGCGCUGCGCGGGAGAAGAAGCUCUAG